GUCUCCAUAGCAACCGCGCGGCGCGGCCUGGGCGCCUCCGAGCCCCGACUUUGAUCCCGACAAAGUGAGGGAGUUUGUGCCCCAAACCCGGGGAACCGCUCCCGGUGAGCCUGUCCGGGGGUCCCUGAGCCCUUAACGCGUGGUGCCCGGUCUGGCUGAGCUGUGUCUCCAUCUCAGACUCUUCCCCUCAAACCCCACCUGAGGAGAGCACACGGACCCCCCAGGCCAUGGCUGAGCAAGGGGACAACGUUUGUGGGGCCCCUGAGGAUCCAUCCCCAGGAGUGACCCUCAGUGACAGCCUGGUCAUGAGCAGGAUGGGGGCUUGGGGGUCUCUGCCCAGCUGCAGCAUCCGGCUGGACAGGGAGAGGAUCUGCAGCCUCGGGAGCCUGAGGGGGCUGGGGGGAGUCCACAGCCUCUACCUGCAGCAGAACCAAAUUAAGAAGAUGGAGAAUUUGGAGGCUUUUCCCAACCUGAGGUACAGCAGCUCCUGCUCCCAGAGAUUUAUUUCCAUGGCUGCCCUUGGCUGGGGGAAAUUCCCAUUCCAUUUCAAUUCAAAUUCCAGCUUUUGGGGUUCCCUCAACCUCCCUGUGCUCCCCAGGUUCCUCUGCCUGGCUGGGAAUCUCAUCCAGAAGGUGGAAAACCUCCAGGCCCUGCCCCACCUGAGUGCCCUGGACCUGUCCCACAACCUGAUCCAGGUGCUGGACACAGAGGAGCUGCCCCAGAGCCUCCAGAUCCUCGACCUGACUGGGAACCAGUGCACCCAGCAGGAUGGGUACAGGGACCUGGUGCUGUCAGCCCUUCCCAACCUCCUGCAGCUGGAUUUCCAGCCCGUCCGUGAAAACACAGCUGAGCAAGAGGCGGGAAGGGGCUCCUGCAGCAGCGAGGAGGAGGAGGAGGAGGAGGAUGAGGAGCAGAGAACUCCCUUCACUUCUGACAGAGAUUUCCUGAUGGAGCUGAGCCGGGAGCUGGUGGGGAGGGCGCGGCAGAGGAGGAGGAGGAGCCGGGACGAGCACCGGGGGCGGCUGGAGGAGCUGCGGGAGCGCCGGGCGGUGCUGCUGGGGCUGCCCGAGACCGGAGACAGCGACGGCGACACACCCCGAUGGUGCCAGCUCCGCCCCCGAGGGACACUGCUGUCCCCUCCGGUGGCAUCCGGUGAGUCCCAGCGAGCUGCUGGCGCCAUCCAGCCCCCAGGCGAGGCUCUGGAAAAGGAGACUGGUGCCAAAGCAGCAGCAGGGAAUGGGAGGUUAUCCCAAAUAUCCCGCAGCAACAGCCAGGAAUAAAGUCUUUAUUCCCACCCCAGUCUGCCCUAGAGCCAUCCUGAGGGGUUGGGAAUGGGGAAAGCACACACAGGGAUCCCAGUGCCAUCCCAUAUCCCUGUCCUUCCCUUUGCACCCCAUUCCAGGCUUCCUCCAGGGUAAACUGGGGGCUGGCACCCAUGGAGGGACUCAGGAAGGGUCAGAGUCGGGCUCUGGGAAUGUUUUUGGUUCCUUAUCCAUGGGGGGAGCUGAGCCCACCCACCUGGGGGGGG